UUUUUUAGUUACUGUCCUAAGAUUUGUAUUAGCAAGUAAGCCAAUUAAUUAGGCCAACUGUGCUAAAAUCAGCUUUUAUGAGUUAAAUAAUACUAAGCCGAUAAUGUUGUAAUGAAUUAUCACUUAUUACCCUGUCGUACAUAUAAAAGGAAGGAGGGGGGAAAAAAAACAUCUAUUGAGGACGCAUCCUGGUGGUGUUGUUUUUUGUUGUUGUUUUUUUUUUUUUACCUCUUAUGCAUUCAAGUAUAUUUUUAUACAGUACAUAAUUUAUUAUUGUAAUUUCCUUGCAGUCGGUAUCAACAUUAUGAACAACAAAUGCGCAAUUUUUAAUCCCAAAUAUGGGCUGGAAAUGUAACUAGUUCCGCCCCUCUGAACCGUUACGUCCUAUGGAAUAAGAAAACGGCAUAGUCUGAGGACAACUCCCAGCCUGGAAACUUCGGGGCACGCAGGAAAAAGACAUUACCAUACAUAUUUCUUAGAUAUAAUCAUUUUUCUUUCAUCGGGAAGUCAUACUAAUUAGAUUUUUUUUUUUUCAUUUUUCUUUAACUGAUGGACGAUUUAGGAGUGUGUGAUACAUCCAACUACCCUCUCAGUCCCCGUAUUGUUAUGUUUGAUGCCCUUCUUGCUGAUCUGGAAAAUUCAGCCUUUCCUCUGGGUUGCUAUCCUGUUCUGCUCACCUCUGACCCUCCAGUGAAUUCUGAUCCCCCAUCCAGUGCUCAGGAUCCUGCCCAGAACCGGCCACUUCCUCCAGCAUACACCCCACAACAAACAGUUUCUGCUGCAAUGAAGUCGAACGGCUCUCAGAACUCUAACCAAGACAAACUUUACAGUACCGUGUGUAAACCAAGCUUCCCCCGUACGGCAGACCCUCCUCCUGCUUUCUCCUCCACCUCAGUUCUGGGAGGAGGGCUGAGUGAACUUGAUCACUUAUUACAAGAGCUUAAUGCCACACAGUUCAACAUCACAGAUGAGAUUUUGGCACAAUUCCCCAGCACCAAAAAAGAUCAAUUUUCAAAGUCUGGUCCAUCCUCUACUGGCUCAGCGAAACCCUCAGCUACAUCUGCUACUUUAGAGCUGGACAAACUAAUGGCGUCUCUAUCAGACUUCAGAGUCCAAAGCACACAAACAGCUUCUCCAACCUCUGCGUCCUCUGGAGGCUCAUUGGACAGCAUGUUGGGUCUUCUCCAAUCAGAUCUGAGCAGGCAGGGAGUGCCUACCUCCUCUAAGGGAAACUGUUCUGCCUGUCAGAAACCAGUUGUAGGACAGGUUGUAACAGCUCUGGGACGGGUAUGGCAUCCAGAGCACUUUGUUUGCUCUGAGUGUGAGUGUGAGCUUGGCAAUUGUAAUUUCUUUGAGAAAGAUGGUCGACCAUACUGUGAGCCUGACUACUUCACCCUGUACUCACCUCACUGUGCACAAUGCAACAAGCCCAUACUCAAUAAAAUGGUGACUGCGCUGGAUAAAAACUGGCAUCCAGAAUGCUUUAGCUGUGUGAAAUGCAGCUCAACAUUUGGAGAUGAAGGUUUUCAUGACCGUGAUGGCAAGCAGUACUGCCAGAAGUGUUUUCUGGCCCUCUUUGCCUCUCGUUGUCAGGGUUGUUCCCAGCCCAUCAUGGAGAAUUACAUCUCAGCUCUAAGUGCUCUGUGGCAUCCUCAAUGCUUUGUUUGUAGGGAAUGCUAUAGCCCAUUUGUGAACGGGAGUUUCUUUGAGCAUGAGGGACAACCCUUGUGUGAAGCUCACUACCACCAAUCCAGAGGAAGUGUAUGCCAGGCAUGCCAGCAACCCAUCCUGGGGCGCUGUGUCACUGCAAUGGGUGCCAAGUUUCAUCCACAGCAUCUGGUGUGCCACUUCUGCCUGAAACCCCUCAGCAAAGGGUGCUUCAAAGAGCAGGACAACAAACCAUACUGCCACCCCUGCUUCAUCAAACUCUUUGGCUGAGGAGAGUGAGGAAAGAUGAUAAAGCAGAUUACUCAACUGCCAUCUAGAUUUUCAUGAAAAAAAAAAAUUGUUGCCAAAUAUACAUUGGCCAGAUGUACUGUAUGUGGACAUAUCCUUCUCAUUAACAGAUAUAACUAUUCUUAAAACUUCUUAAUCUUAAAGGUGCACUAUGCAGGAUCACUCAACCCAAGUAGUGGUAAUGUUCGUACAUUUCUGUGCUGCAACCUUUUUGCCAGAUGCAGCUUCAGAGUUCAGGCUGCAUGUGUUCUUGCAGCUGAUAUUAUGACAGGGGUAUUGAGGAGCAUUUGAGUAGCUUUAAGAUAAAAAAAAAAAAAGAUAGGGGUAGUCAAACCUGGUAAUUAUAAGGGGUGAGUCCAUUGCAUAUUUUUGGCCUGUUUUCCAAUUGCUUUUCAAACCUGUCCUGUCCUGUCCAAAAUGUGCAAGGGUUGGGGGUCCCCAGGACAGGUUUGAGAAGCAUUGAUAAAUAUAUCACUGGUAAAUAACAGUGAUUAAUGAAUUAAUACAGAUUUUAGAGGGAAAGUCUGAGCCCUAUCAAUCAUACCAACAAGCUCAGGUCAUGGAUUUGCCUAUUCAUCAGCUGAUGACUUAUUUAUCUGGGUUAAACAAGAGAGACAACCAAAAUGUGCAGUACUGGCGAGGGUCUAGAAAUAGUUUGAAACCCCUGGACCACAAAAAUCAAACCAUACUUUAUCCAUAUUAUAUUAAGUUUAAUAAUAAUUGUAGUUAUCAAUACAACAACUUUGCAUAAAUAUAGGUAUAUAUAAAUAUUAUAAAUCUAAAUAAGA